UUCCUUUCGAACCAAGUUCCACGAGUACAGGUACUGGCUACCUUGCUUGUUUCGAUUUUUAUCUAUAUUUCGUCACGCUACUCUUCUUCACCUUCGUCAACGACUUAUUUGCUGCUUAACGAUCCGUCUACGAUGCGUUCAUCCGUUGUUGUCAUCGCCGCUCUUGCUGCUACCAUCGCCCCUGCAUUGGGGCUUCCGAUAAACGAGUUCGGUAUCGCCGCGCGUGCCUCACAGUAUCGCCGGUCGCCAGAUCUGGUCGAUAGCAUGUACGCUCGAGACGAAGACGAAACGUUCUUGUACCGCAGGGAGCCCUUCGACCUUAGAAAGGCGAGGAUCGGGGUUGUAGUGCACAAGCGCUCCCCCGAGCCGUAUGUGAUCUUCAACAAGGAUGCGCCCAUCCCUCCCGCCUGCCGUAGCGGAGUAACACACUGCUUGCGUGCGCUCGAGGACGAGCUGGAUUGAGGAGGUUUGCGCGGAUCGGUGAUUUAUAGUAGCUUGUGACUCUUGACGAUUUUCAUGCCGAAUACGAUUACGAUUGAGGAGCUCA